UCUCACUACUUAUAAAGUGCGACAUCCCAACUCCCUGCAGGGAACUUUUCCGUCCUCUCAUCAAUACAUAAUCCCCCAUCAUGACCCGCUCUCCCUCACCUCCCACCAAACCCGCCUCCGCCGCCGCGGCGCCCCCGCCGGAGGUCCUGGACGUGGAGUCCGACUUUGUCGUCAUCCUCGCCGUCCUCCUCUGCGCGCUCAUCUGCGUGGUCGGCCUCAUCGCCGUCGCCCGCUGCGCCUGGCUCCGACGCUACCCCGGCCGAGGCGGCGCUGGCGGGGGCCCCGCCGCCCCCUCGCCGCGGCCCCCCCCGGCGGCCAACAGGGGCCUCAAGAGGAAGGCGCUGCAGUCGCUCCCCAAGAUCGUGUACGGCCUCGAAGAAGCAGCUGCCGUCGGCGCCGCCAGGUUCCCGGUGGAAUGCGCCAUCUGCCUUGGCGAGUUCUCGGAGGGGGACGAGGUGAGGCUCUUGCCCCAGUGCGGCCACGGGUUCCACGUGGGCUGCAUUGACCAGUGGCUGCGGUCCCACUCGUCGUGCCCGUCGUGCCGGCAGAUCCUGGUCGUGGCGCGGUGCCAGAAGUGCGGCCAUUUCCCGGCCGUCCCCGGCGACGGGACGGAGGCUCAGCUCAAGGCGAGAGAAGACGGCGGUAACAGCAACAGUUUCUUGCCUUAAAAGGAAAAUGGGUUCUUCUUCUUCUUCUUCUUUUUUGGGGAUGCUGAGGAUUGACCUCGGUCAAUGAGUUUGUACAUGUGAUCAGAAAGUUAAUAACAGGAUUGUAAUAAGGGAUUUUUAUUAGGCGAGUACACACUCGUUGACCCCUGAAAAAUACGAACGUGUUUCUUUUUU